CACGAUCAAAGACUGCUGCUGCCGCCUGUGACUGAACCGCCACACGGCAACUCACGGUAAGACGGUUCCGGUGGAUAUCCCCGGGCCCGUGAUGACGAUGGUGAUGGUGAUGAUGAUGAUGAUGAUGAUGGUGGUCACGUGGGGGGAGGUCAGUAACCCGUGCACUUGUCCGCAGGGGGACCCGUACCUCUCUGUGGCCACCCUGGCGUUCCCGUCUUUCGAUGGCGUUUACCUCCCGAAGCAGGAGAGCGUGUUCCUGCAUGACGUCAAGGAGGAGCUGGAGCUCUACCUGCAGCAGGGCAGCCGCCGCAGCGUGCUCCUGUUCCCCCCUCUGCCGGCCAGACUGCGGUACCUGAUCCACUCCACCGCGGCGGACCGGCCGGAGCUCUCCACCUUCUCCGUGGGGGACGGCUGGUGCCGCCGGCUGGUGGUCUGCCACGCAGAGCUACGGGCUGUGGAAGAGGACGUCGCUGAGGGGGAACCGCCCCGAAGAACCAGGGAGGAGGCGGGCGGCGGCGCCAAGUCCAGGUCCAGGUCUUCUCUCUCGUCUCGAGGCCGGAAGAGGCCGGACAAACCGCUCUACACGCCGCGCGCCGCUCGGGACCGACUCUCCGUCCAGAGCUCUCCGGACCCGCCGGGACACCGAGGGGGUUCUGGUCCGGCCUCGAGUUCAUGCGACUCUCGUUUAUGUCCCGAGGCGACAGAGGAACCCUCCUCCCCCCCAGAGGAACCCUCCUCCCUCCCAGAGGAACCCUCCUCUCCCCCAGAGGAACCCUCCCCCCUCCCAGAGGAACCCUCCUCCCCCCCCACAGUCGUGCCGGAGCAGCUCCUCGGUGAGGCCGACAGCUCGGCUCUCUUUCCUCCUCCGGAGAACCCAGCCGAGCCCGUGGACUGGCAGCAGACCGCGUCCUGCUUCAAGGACAUGACUCUGGAGGAGGAGGACGAGGACGUGUGCACGGACACGGACGAUGUCACUGAAGAGAUCCGGGCGCGGCUCAAAGAGCCGGCGGCCGUCUCCAUCCGGCUCGUUCACAACGACUUCUCCGCUUACGAGAGCGCGCACGCCGGCCUGGAGGAGCUCUGCCACGUGGUCGAGAUCUACGACUUCCCGCCUUGUUUCAAGACGGAGGACCUGGUGGACGCGUUCACCGACUACAGCGAUGGAGGGAUGAAGAUCGAGUGGGUUGACGACACACACGCCCUGGGGGUGUUCUCCACGGGGGCGGCAGCGGUCCAGGCGCUCGCCAUCUGCCAUCCGAUGCUGAAGGCGAGAGCGUUGCAUGAAGCGAGUAAGAAGUCCAAAGGAAGAGCCAACAGGCGAGCAGAGUUCAUCCAGCCCGUGAAGGAGCGUCCGCGGACCGACUCCGCUGUGGCCAGGCGGAUGGUGACCCGAGCCCUGGGGAUGCAGGGACGAGGCCGCAGGGGCCAGCACUACUGAAGGGAGUCGCACACACGGCUUUAUUCAGACGGUUCUCUUUGCUACAGAGCGGUCCAGCAGAGGAUCAGGACCAGCGUCCAGCGCUGAUGGCCUCUCCACUGAUUGGUUCAGCAGGGGAAACGCCUCCCAGGUGCUGCUCUGGAGCUGGACCCGGCCCCUUUGGACCCGGCCCCUCUGGACCGAAGUGGCUCCAGGUGUGAACAAGGAUCCACGAGGAGAAUCUAGUUUUGAUAUCGUUCCUGAAGCGUCCCGGAGUCUUCUCGUUUCAUUUGCUGAAGUCGGGUCGGUGGUGAGAAACCUGACAACCCUCCACUCACCGACCCGGUUCUGGUGGUUCUAACUCUUGUUCCCCGGAGACUCGACUCGCUGGACUCUACCGACAUUUUCUAAUAUUUUAAGUUCAUUUUUAAACUUUGUUUAAGUUGUUAUAUAAGUUCUUUUGUCUGAGUAAUAAACGUCCAGGAGCUGAAGUUGUGUUUCAGGCCUCGGGAGAAACUCUGUAAA